AUGUUAACAGCGGGGAAGUUUUCAAUGCAAAGAAUGUACGAUAGCUUGAUUGAGGAUAGCAAUAUUGUGCUUUGGUUUAACUUGAUGAUGCACAAUUUGGCUAGACCAAAUGCUCGUAUAACUUUGUGGCUGCUUUAUCAUGGGCAUCUUCCUACAAAAGAUAGGUUGGUCUGGUUUGGUGUUAUAGGAAAUGCAGUGUGUAGCAUGUGUGGUAUUUGGCAAGGGGUUUUGAAUUGGUUAAAUGUUAAUCAUACUCCUCAGCCUUGGAGUCUAGAUUUGAUUUGGAUUUUGGCUAAGACAAAAGAAAAAGGACGGAGAGCUCGAAUUCUAAAGAUGGCUGUAACAAAAACCAUUCAUGAAGUAUGGUUGUAUAGAAAUGCGAUAGUGUUUAACUAUGAUACAUAUAGGAACAAUACUUUGGAAAGAAUUAUUGAUAGUAUUGUGUAUAAAGGUUGGAGGAAUAGGAAAAUUAGAUUGCACCUUGCAAAUCUAAUGGUAUAG